CGCCUCCUCCUCUCCGCAUCCCAAGUGAGGCGCUUCCCCGGCCAGCGGCGGCCAUGGCCCGCGGCGGUAAAGAGGAGGGCCGCCCGCCCGAACAGGCCGCCUCGCCUCCGGAGGCCUCCCAGGGAAGCGGUUCUGGGCGCCCACCGCCACCGGCGCCUCCGCCUGCUCGGUUUCCCCGGCUGGCCCUGGCCCUGGCCUUCCUGGCGGCUCUGCUGGCGGCCAAAUACUACCGGGACGCCGAGGCUGCCCGGCGACAGGAAACAGCCUUGAAAUCUCUGGGAAAUGAGGGCCUUUUCCUCUUCUCUUCCCUGGACACUAACAAUGAUUUGUUCAUCAGCCCUGAGGAAUUCAAACCAAUUGCGGAGAAACUGACUGGCAUGGUUCCUGUAUCAGGCACUGAGGAAGAAGAGGUGACGGAUCCCAAUGGGGAGACACUCACUAUCCUUGCAAAAUUCCAGCCUCUGUUGAUGGAAACCAUGACAAAGAGCAAAGAUGGCUUCCUUGGUAUUUCCCAUGUGGCCUUUACUGGGCUCCGCAACUGGACAGCUCCUGCUUCACCCCUGAGUAUGAUGUUUGCUCAGCAAUUCAAGUCCUUUCUUCCCCCAAAGAAUAAGUUGGAACUUGGUGACACUUGGUGGAUCAUUCCCAGUGAGCUAAACAUCUUUACCGGAUAUCUUCCCAAUAAUCGUUUCUAUCCUCCAGCUCCCAAGGGCAAAGAGGUCAUCAUUCACAAGCUCUUGAGUAUGUUCCACCCGCGGCCAUUUGUGAAAACUCGUUUUGCUCCUCAGGGAGCAGUGGCCUGUAUUCAAGCUGUAGCAGAGUUCUACUACAAAAUAGCCUUCAGAAUCCAUGGAGAAUUCCAACUGAAUGAGCCUCCAAAUUUCCCAUUCUGGUUUUCUCCUGCCCAAUUCACGGGCUACAUUGUCCUCUCAAAGGAUUCUUCCCAUGUUCGAGAGUUCAAGCUAUUUGUCCCUAAUAACAGGUCCCUCAAUGUAGAUAUGGAAUGGUUAUACGGUGCCUUAGAAAGCAGCAACAUGGAGGUGGAUAUAGGAUACUUACCUCAGAUGGAGCUGGAGUCUCUGGGACCAUCUACCCCCUCAGUGAUUCAUGAUGAAAAUGGGAACGUGAUUGACAGCAGAGAAGGAGAACCAAUUCAGUUUAUUUUUGAAGACAUUUCCUGGCAGAGAGAAAUAAGCUGGGAAGAAGCAUCUGGGAAACUGGAAGUGGUCAUGUAUCCAUUUAAGAAAGUUUCCUACUUUCCCUUUACCCAGGCUUUCGAAAAGGCCAAAUCUGAGGGUAAACUUGUUCAUUCUAUACUCUUGUGGGGAGCCUUAGAUGAUCAGUCAUGCUGAGGUUCAGGGCGAACUCUCCGGGAAACAGUCCUGGAAAGUUCGCCCAUCCUUGCAUUCCUGAAUGAGAGUUUCAUCAGUACCUGGUCCUUGGUGAAGGAGCUGGAAGAUUUACAGGUAAGCUGCUCCUGAAAUUCAGGAGGAGGACAAGGUAGAAUGGGUAACUUGAGAAGACGGGGAAGCGAAUCAUGUAAGAUGACUGUUGCUCUUUUAGUAGUAGUUUAUUGAUGAAUUCGUCUUGCAAUCUUAUCAAUCCUUCCUUUUAUUAGAUCAUGUUCUGUUUACUCCUCUGCCCUUAAGGUGGCCAGUUCUUCUUUGAAUAGAUCUGGGAAACCUAUAAGCAAGACAGAAAAGCAGAAGUACCAUCUUUCUUCUGUUUCUCAACACGUUGCCUCUGAUUCUUUAAGCAUUUCUUCAUCCUUAUGACUAGUAAGCUGACCCUCCAUUGCAACAAACACAAAAUGGGGUCCCUAAGCCCCAGAAUUUUGUCCUCUUUCUUUAGUAAACUUGUAACUGCCAUAAUCUAUUAAGCUCCUGAUGCCUAUUAACAUGAAUCUAUGUUAAAUUAAAGAAUCCCUGCUAAAAAAAAAGAUGAUCAAGAUGUAAAUUUAUGAAUAGUAAUUAAACAUGGUGGCUCAGUGGCUAAAAUGCUGAGCUUGUCCAUCAGAAAGGUCAGCAGU